AUGGAACUUGAUAUUCUUACAUAUAAUAUCGUCAUUCACAGGUUGUGUAAGGCUGGGAAGGUUGAAGAUGGGUGGGAUUUAUUUUGUAGGCUCAGCCUUAAAGGAGUGAAGCCUGAUGUUGUAACAUACAAUACAAUGAUCUCUGGGUUUGGUAGGAAAGGUUUGACAAAGGAAGCAGAUGCCUUGUUCAGGAAAAUGAAAGAAGAUGGGCCUCUCCCAAAUAGUGGUACAUACAAUACGAUGAUAAGGGCAUGCCUUAGAGAUGUUGUCCAAACCGCAUCAGCAAAACUCAUCAAAGAAAUGAGGAGUUGCGGUUUCUGUGGAGAUGCUUCGACAAUAAAAAUGGUCUUUAAUAUGCUUCAGGACGGGAGAUUGGACAAAAGCUUUCUCGAUUCGCUUUCUUAA